UAUUUCAAUACGCAUGGUAAGGCGGCGUUGACACGCCUACCCUGAGUAUGAGUUGUUGACUCGAAGCGCGCGAUCCAGCGUUUGUAUCGAUUUAACAGCUUCCUCAGCUUCACCACAUGGCUCCUGCCAGGGAUAUGACACAAUAAUUUUAAAAACGUGCGAAAUACACAUUACCUUUAAUUUAAGUUGGGUCAACUCUUCUGCAUGAUUUGGGUUAAAUGCAAUUCAGAAAAACGUCGGCAAAGACUUGAAGACUGAGUUUCUGACUCCAAGGUCACCAGAUGUAUUCCUGAACAUCCACUUCAGGCCUCUACAGGAACCAUGGAAGAGUCGGAUGUAGCACGGGCUUCUCUGGCUCUGAUGGAUGCAGCCGAUGACAGCGACCCCGCAGUCCUUGAACAGGUCAGGAAGUCGCUGCUGGCCUUGGGGAAGCGGAGGACUGCCAAGAUCCUGUCCAUGUGCCAGGAUUACCUCAUACAGCAUUCCAAGCUUGAAGUUGGACAUCGAGUAGUUCUGCUGCAGACCAUUGAGCUGGUGGUAAAGAGUAAGAUUGGUGAGAUAAGCUAUCCUAAGAUCAAGAGUCUCAUUCAUCUGGCUUCAGAAGAAAUGACUAGAUCAAAGGAAAUAGUGCCGGACUGGCAGCAGGCAGCCAGCAAUAUUUUGGUUGCUGUAGGCGACAGAUACAUCAAGGACGUCAUGGAGGAGGUCCUCAGUAAAUUCCAGCCUGGGCAUCCCCCUCAUUUCUUUGUGGUGCAAACAUUAGCUAAUCUUUCUUACUCCAAUGUGUAUGGCACAGUGCCUUUCCUGGGAAGCAUCCUGACGGCCAUGCUGCCCAUGCUGGGCAUGACGAGGCAGGACAACAUGAAGUGGGUGUUUUCGUCCGCCCUGCACCACUUCAGUGAGAGCAUUGUGGACUACCUCGCCAAUAUGGACAAGGCUCCAGACCCUGCAGUGAGGAAGGAUGCCUACUCCGCUGAGAUCUAUGCUGCCUGUGACAUCCUCUUCUGCAACUGGCUGCAGAGCAAAGAGACCAAGCUGAAGCUGACUGUCACUAGUGCCCUGGGGUCCAUGAGUCUACUGUUGGCUCAAGAUAAGUUGGAGGAGCUGCUUCCCAAGCUGAUUCCCGCAGUCCUUUCUCUCUACAAGAAGAACUCAGAGCAUUACAUCAUCAGCAAGAGCCUGUGUCAGAUUCUGGAAGCUUCCAUGAGGACUGACAGCCGGUUUCUGGAGACUCAGAUUGAUGGCAUCAUGUUCACACUGUAUCACCAGGUGUGCAUGUCUGUGGACUGUAGGAACCCAUCAACUCUUAAGAACCUCAAUGAGGUCUUGAGAUGCUUCACGUUUCUGGCCAACACUUUCUCAGAGCGCGUGAUACCAUUCGUCAUUCAGAAGCUGGAGGUCAGCAGUGAGCGCAACCGUCUCGGAACCCUAGCGGUGCUGAAGCACCUCAUCAACACUUCCAGUUCUGUCAUGGAAUCCAAGAAGCUUCUUAUUCUCAACAGUGUACGGCAGCCGAUGCUCGAUCGUAGCAACAAGGUGAAGAAGAUGUUUGUUCAGGUAGUCAGCGCCAUGGCUCAUCAUGGAUACCUGGAACUGGAGGGAGGGGAUCUACUGGUGAGGUUCAUCAUCCUGCACUGUGCUCUCCCUGACACCUCCCAGCAUGGGUGUCGGCCCCCUGACCAGGAGGAUGUGACCAAUGAGGUGCUGCGCAACAUGUGCGCGAACAUGCUGCACCUCUUCACCACCACCGUAGACCGCCUGACUGACGUUCUUUGGCCUUCUCUGUUCUGCUAUCUGACCCAGGCUCAGUACACCGACGCCUCCACUCCUCUGUGCAGGAGCCUGAUCCUGCUCGCCGACAAGAAGAAAGCUGUCCUGGAACCCGGCUCCAUCGUCGACUUCAGUGCUCAAGAUAAUCUUCCCAGUCCCUAUGUGGUCAUGGUGAGGCUGCUGGUCAACGCCUCCUUCCCGUUCCGCUGCCAGGGUCGAGGCGCCCCCUCGUUGGCUCUGAUGAGGGUCCUCAGCUCCAGCAUCCACCCCAAACUCGAGUGUGUGUGGCAGGCUGAGAUCCCCCCUCUCCUGCACUGCCUGGAAGAGUCGACAGAGGAAACGCUGGACAGGAGGAGGUGGGAGGGAAGGCUGCUCGAGCUCUUGUCCAAGACUCUGGUGGCCAUUUCCUAUGACAAGUGGAUCUGUCAGCUGGCUACCGAGGCAACCCGUUACCUUCCCACCUACAACAGCUACCAGGAGGAGAAGAGUUUUCUGUACAAGUGCAUCGGCGUGACUCUGCAGCACUGCAACAACAAGGAGGCGGUGAGGAGGCAGCUCCAGGAGCUCCUGGGGAGCGUGCGUCACCACAGCGCCGUCGAGAGAGAGGGAGCAGCGGUGGGAGUCGGCCUUUGCGCCAGCAGUCAUCUCGACGACACUUUGGCGAAGCUGGAAGACUUCAGGAAAUCCGACAUCUUCAAGAAAGCCUCAGGAAUAUUUGGGCUGCUUAAAGACAGGGGUGAUGCGGACCUUGAGAAGGCCAAGAGCACGCUGAUCCUGUGCUACGGGUACGUUGCCCUGCUCGCCCCCGAGGACCAAAUCCUGUGCAGGAUCGACUCGGAGGUCUUGUGGAACAUCGGCAGGCUUUUCAACACCAAGGUACUGGGAGUGAAAGUUGAGACAAAGGACCUGACCAUGAAACUGAGUCUGAUCCAGAGUGUAGGUCUUAUUGCGCAGGCCGUCAGUGCCUGUGUGCGCCGGCAGGGCUACCUGUUCUCCCGUAAGCAGGAGCUGAUGGGCGUAAUCAUGGACUUUGUUAAGGCUGAGCCAUUGGAUGUCUUGAGGAAUCCAGUUCGUCAUAUAGCCAUGACUACGUGCGCUAACCUGUUCAACCUGGAGCCGGCGCUGACGGAGAAGGAGAAGUCUGACAUGCUGCGCACCUGUCUAAACAGCACCUUCGGCCUGCCCCCGACGGAGCCGCCCGACCGGGGCAAGGACGGCCAGGCUCUCGAUCCACGCAAGAGGGAGGCCCUGUACACAGACACAUUCAGCGCUCUUCAGAGUCUUCUUAAAACUGUUCUCAUGCAAGACCUGAACCCAGACGGACUUCAGCGUAUAUUUAAGCACCUCAAGGUUUGGCUGUGUUCUGAGAUGAGUCAUGAGCGAGAGAGGGCCAUGAGGACCGCAGCGGAGAUGCUGGCUUUCUACCUGAACCAUCUCAACAUCAAAAAGAUGGGGGCGUUCCAUAACCUCGGGGCUCUGCUGGGGGAGCUUAUCCCCCGGUGCACGGACCCCAGCCCCCCCGUCAGGCUGGCAGCCAUGGACUGCAUCCAGGCUCUGCUGUACGUACAGCUGGGAUAUGAAGGGUUUGACUUGGACCACAAAGACGAGGCCGUGGAUAAGCUUGGGACGCUGUCUGAGAAGCUGACCAGCUCCGACAUGACAGUUUUAUACAGGACCUGCUCUGAGCUGACAAAGAUUAUCAGCAGGCAUGUCCCUCAGCAGCAGCUUCCCGCUCUUGUCUUCACGCUGUUGGACGGACUGGCGGACCCCCAGACCAACUGCGCGUGCUCCUCCAGCAUGGUGCUCCACGUGCUUCUGAAAAGCCGGGGGGCCAGCCUGCAAGACCAGGUCCCCGAGGUGCUGGAGGCGAUGCGCGUUCGGUCGCCCGCGGUCUCGGAAGAGCAGGUGAGGACCGUGGUGGCCCAAACCCUCCUCGUCCUGGCCGCCCAGCACCUGCAGACUGUCGUCAACGUCCUCAUUUCCUUCCCCCUACCCUUCGACAGCUGGUGCUGUGAGAUCUGGUUUUCUCUUGGAGCUGAGGGCACUCUGACCUUCCAGAUCAUGGAAAUGAUCCUGGAAAAGCUGAACGUCAUGGUGCCCUUCGUGGACAAGAAGGACUCUGUAGUCCGGCCCAGCACAGUCAGAGUGGCCACCGGCCCGCCACUAGCAAUGACCUGUGCCCUGCAUGAGAUGAUGCUGAACGGGCGGAGCCAGGAGGCCGUGGCGGGCCUCUUCCCCCGGCUCUUUGGGGCGCUGGUAGUGCGUUUGGGCUCCAGCGUCGGGGUCCUGCCCCCGAGGGACGCGCAGAGCGCCAGCGCGGCCCCGGAGAGGAGCGCGCCCGCCCAACCGCCGGCCACCAUCGACGUGUGCGGGGUGGCGGUGGAGGCCUUGCGUGUUCUUUUGGUCCGUGCUCAGCUGGAGAAAAUGCUCAGGGCCCUGAAGCUGGUCGGAGCCUGGGAGAAGAUCAGAGACCUGCAGCAGCACACAGAGGGGGUCACCCUGCUGGCCAGGCACAUGGCAAAGCAUGCGGGACAGCACCUCCCAGCCAUUGUGGACAAUCUGCAUCCUAACCUCAGCAACAUCUACGAAUGCCAGCGCAUCACAGUGACGGCUUUCUUCUCUGAGCUGCUGAACCACCGUGGGGUGACGGAGCUGCAGCUGAUGGAGGCCCUCAUGGGCCACAUGACGGAGCGGCUGGCGGACCCCUGCUGCGCCGUGCGCGUGCUAGCCAUGCGGGGGCUGGGGAACAUCGCCACGGGGUCCCCCGAAAAGGUGAACAUGUACGCGAAGCAGCUUCUGGCUGCCAUGAGCUCUGGGUUGGAGGACAAGGAUGACCCCAGCAGGCACAUUGCCCUGGAGGCCAUGUCUGGCCUCUCCAAGGUCCUGCUCUGCCUGGACCAAAAAAACGUGCAGAUCCUGGUGGUCUACAUCUUCAUGAAGAUCAAGCCUUUCCUGGAGAAUGAGAACGAGAGGGUCCGAUGUUCUUCCAUGCUGCUCCUGGGAACUCUGUCCAAGUUUGCGUGCGGAGAGCCUGUCUUCAGAGACCAGAUCCACAAUGUGCUGGUCAGCCUGCUGCUGCACCUGAGCGACCCCAGUCCACAGGUGGUCAAGGCGUCUAAGUUUGCCAUGCGGGUCUGCGCACCGGUGCUGGGCUCGGAGAUCGUCACCGCUAUGUUCCAGAACCAUCUACACGACGACCGAGGUUUGCACCAUGGUGAAUUCAUCAACGACCUCACCAAAUACAUUAUCCAAGACUUCCCCAGCAUGCUGAACUUCUAUCACAUUUCCAUCGUCCAGUUUUUCGAGAGCCCCUGGCCCGAAGUCCGAGCGAGCGCGGCCAUGUUUAUCGGGUUUCUAUUGGUCAAUCUCCCAGAAGAGCACCUCUCAGACAUGAACAUGGGCAGUGUAAUAAAGGGUUUAGUCCAUCUGCUCCAGGAUCCAGACCCUUUGGUCCGUGCGAAAGCGGCAGAGGCCAUGGGGCACUUCCAUCACUUCUGAUCUGAGCCAGGAGCCCAGGCCCAUCAAAAAAAGCCCAGCUCACUGAAGAUGUUCCGUCAUUUCUUUAAAGUCUGUCUCGUGCUCGGGUCGUCCCUGGAGUGCUCUCUUUAGGUCUGAAGCCCGCAUCCUCUGCCCAGCCCCUCCGAGCUGUGUGUGAAACGAUGGCGUUGGUUUUGGAAGCAGGGCGUAAAUACGUGACAAAGGAGACGGUUUUCGUGUCGGCCUGUCGGGGGUUGGGCGGCGCGCUCAGAUAGCAUCACCUUUCCCCUUGCAUUGUCUCGCACGCUGCGUUUGAGUACCAGCGCGAUGUCAGUCCUGCCCUUACCACCCCAGCCUGUGUCAUAAACACCGCGACACGAGCGGCGACUGCUGAUUCUGGAAGGCUAAAGGCAUUUUUUUUUUCUCAACUCCAGAGGCUGUGAAAAUGAGGUGUUGGGGAGAAACAAUUAAAGCAAGUUUGGGAAAGGGUUUGAAUUCAGAGACAGUGCAUUCUUUUUUUUUUUCUUUUUAGUGGUGGGGAGAACAUUGGACACUGCCAGUUUCUAGGUAUUAGUAGGAUAUGUUACAAAAACUGUAUUAAAUGCCUUGAUUAAAAUCUUCAGCCCAAACAGGUUGGUCUUUGAGCAGAAAAAAUAUCAGUGUUACAGUGCAGUUUUGGGUCUGUACUGUGUCUCAUUAGAUUUGAAAUUAAAAUUUGAAUAUGAGGUUAAAGUGCAUACAUAGUUCACCCACCCUGAAAUUGGGCAACUAUUUAAAAGGGCUGUAGUUCCUACAAGGUUCACUCAAUAUGUAUAUCAAAACCCUCAAAUUUAUGUUGAGAGUGCUCUUUGAUCUCAUAUUCACUGUUUCAUUUCUAAUCCACUGUACUGGAGUACAGAGACAGAACAACAAAACGUGUGUCACUGUCCAAAUACUUUGAGACUGCACUGUAUGUAAUGAGAAGGAUAAACUGUUGUAGACAGUCUUAAUGGUACAUGUUCAGUCGACUCCUGAAAGAAUCAGGACAAGACAAAGCAAUAAUAAGAAUGUCAUUUUAUCGACCUGUGUUCUAUUUCAAGCUUUGACUCAACAAUCACCAUAAAGAGGUUUAUUGUCUCACCAUCUGGUGAGGUUUAUUGUCUGCAUGAAGUUCCAUUCUUCCUAUUAUGACAGUUAUUCAGAGGGUUAAGUGAGGAUUCAACUCUCUGACCUGCAGUUAUUAUUAUCUAAAUUAGUUUGCCACUAUUUGGUUCCUGAAAGUUAAAUAAUUACCUUUGAUGGAUAUUUACUGGUUCAUUGAGCUAAUAAUUAAUCUUAACAAUGUUCAGAAUGAUUUGGGUUAAAUAGGCUUUUUAACCCUUUCAUUUUGGGAUAUUUUUUUUCUUUCAAAAUUCAAAGUCAGUGUUUGCUUUCGAUUACGAGUAUUGAUCGUUACAUCAGCAUUAGAAUGUUCAGUUAAGAACAUUCUAAUCACACAUUUGUGAUCUUACACCUUAAAUGUAUUGUUACAUGUAUUGUAUUUUCUUGUCUGUUUUUGAUGAUAAACAGGUUCUUAUAAA